AUGAUUCUGAUCGGCGUCAUCGCUUUCGGCGGAUUGAUCUCCAUUUUCUCAAUCUUUCACCGAUUGAAUGCUCCUUACUUGUGUAAAAAGGAUGGCAUUGCGCUCCAUUGUCCACAUUUCAUGACUUCUUUUUUCAGGUCAAGGAGCCUUCUUCCCUCUGGGAAAAUCCAUUUAUCUGCAAUAACUUUUUGGAAGCCUUGCGCUGAGCGUCGCGAUGGUGGAAUUUCAGAUGUUCCUCGUGAGAAUGAAACAAAUGAUUAUAUCUUCAUCCAUGCUGAGGGGGGCUUGAACCGGCAAAGAAUCGCUAUAUGCAAUGCAGUGGCUGUAGCAAAAAUAAUGAACGCCACUCCGAUUUUGCCUGUCUUGAAGCAGGACCAGAUUUGGAAAGACCAGACGAAAUUCGAAAAUAUUUUUGACGUUGAUCAUUUCAUUGAUUAUCUGAAGGAUGACGUUAGAAUUGUUCGUGAUAUACCUGAGUGGUUUACUGAAAAAAAUGAGUUGUUCACAAGCAUACGGCGGACAAUGAAGAAUAUUCCAAACUAUGCACCAACCCAGUUCUACAUUGACAAUGUGUUGCCUCGGAUCAAGGAGAAGAAAAUAAUGUCACUUAAGCCAUUUGUUGAUCGACUUGGGUACGACAACGUGCCUCAAGAAAUCAACAAGUUGAGGGCUCUCCAUCUUAGAUUUGAGAAAGGGAUGGUUGGUUUGUCCUUCUGUCAUUUCGUGAGGACGAGAGAUGAGAAAGUUAAGAUGGCUGAGUAUAGAAGAAAGAAUGGCCUAGGCAUUUUAAGAAUGGUUCCCAUUUAUGGCAACUGGCUCUUCAGACGAGAAAGGAAGGAAGGUGCCCUCUUGAACCAGGUAACAAAGGAGGAGCUAGCUACUAGUAACGAGUUGACCAGUUUCAGGAAGCACGUAACGAGCUUGGCAUCACUCGACUUCCUGGUGUGCUUGAAGUCGAAUGUCUUUGUCAUGACCCACAAAGGAAACUUCGCGAAACUGAUCAUCGGAGCACAUAGGUACAUGGGCCACCAUUAG